AUGAAAUUUAACUCACGACACAUUUCUCAGAGAUGGGUGAUGGCUGUGAUGGGGAUGAUGGGUGUCACAAUGGCAUACGUGAUGCGGGCCUGCUUGGGCAUAACGCUCACGCAAAUGGUCAGGCCCGUGGUGGUGGUGGUGGAUGGAGGUGCGAAAUCCGUUCGGCACGACUACUGUCCGAUGCCACAGCCGUUGUCGAGUGGUCACUCAAAGUCCAACCGAACAGCAGUAGACGAGGACAGGUUCAAGAACCGAUUCGAUUGGGACGAGAAGACGCAAGGUGAGAUCCUGUCGUCGUUCUACUACGGAUACAUACUCACGCACUUACCCGGCGGCGUCUUAUCCCAGAAGUUCGGUGGAAAGCACACGAUGGGAUUAGGAAUACUGUCCACCGCAAUCUUCACGCUGAUGACUCCGUACGUAGCCUACAUGGGUUCCAGGCCACUGACAAUUCUGCGGUUCGUCGAAGGACUUGGAGAAGGAACUACCUUCCCGGCUCUCUGCACUCUCCUGGCCCAGUGGGCUCCACCAGAAGAAAAGGGAAAGCUAUCCACACUGGUGUUUGCAGGUGUGCAAAUCGGUAAUAUUUUUUCAAACUUCUUGAGUGGUUUCAUUAUACAAUACAUACCCGGUGGUUGGCCGAAUGUAUUUUACUUCUUCGGAAUAACCUCGUUGAUUUGGUUCGUUCUGUGGUGCAUGUUCGUUUACAACGACCCAAACUCUCAUCCGUUUAUAUCAGACAUGGAGCGUGACUACUUAAAACAGUCGAUCGGAAGCCUAGAAAGGAAAAAAGACUUGGCCCCCACACCAUGGAAAUCCAUAUUAACGUCGUGGCCAGUAUGGGCACUGAUUAUUGUUGAAGCAGGACAUGACUGGGGUGGUUUCACGAUUAUCAGCGAUCUCCCAAAAUAUAUGAGUGACGUUUUACACUUUUCGAUUACUGAGAACGGUUUAUUGUCGUCUAUCCCAUACAUCGCCCAAUGGGUUACGUCAAUCUUAGCUAGCAUAUUAGCCGACCGGCUGAUAAGCAAAAGAAUAAUGAGUGUAACUGCGGUCAGAAAAAUUUACGCUAUUAUAGGAACUGUUGGACCUGGUAUGGGUGUGAUGUGUGCUUCGUUUGUUGGAUGUGACAAAAUGAUCGCCACUCUGUGUUUUACUUUGGGUAUGGCAUUAAUGGGAUUCUGUUAUCCCAGCAUUCGUAUCAAUUCACUCGACUUGUCCCCCAAUUAUGCUCCUACCAUCAUGGCACUAGUCAACGGUAUUGGUUGUUUAUCAGGAAUGGCCACUCCAUACGUCGCCGGAAUUCUCACACCAAACAGAACCGUCUUAGAGUGGCGUCUUGUAUUUUGGAUUAUGAUGAUAGUCAUGACAGGAUCAUCUGUGGUGUAUGGGCUAUUUGGAUCCGGCGAGUUGCAACCAUGGGACGACUUGGAACAAUAUUAUCUAAAAGAAAAGGAAAAAUCAAAGAGGGGAUUACCUAUGGACGAAAGAUUAAGUAUAAUUCAUUCAAAAUCCAUAGAAGAUGGAAAAUCGAUGAAUAUUUAG